CCCCCCCCCUCCCACGACCACCCGGAGCCCCCGCGUCAGAGUGCGGCGGCAUCACUCGCCCCGCUUCAUGAGCCAGCAGGAUGCGGCUGAGGUCCUCGCACUUUCCGAGCGCCUCCUCAUAGCGUCGCACAAGGGACACGCCGACAAUGUGGUGCAGCUCAUCAACAAGGGCGCCAAAGUGGCCGUGACCAAGUAUGGCAGGAGUCCGCUGCACUUGGCCGCCUACAAAGGCCACAUCGGCGUCGUGCGCAUCCUGCUCAGAGCCGGCUGCGACCUGGACAUCCAAGACGACGGGGAGCAGACGGCGUUGCAGCGUGCCGCCGUGGUGGGAAACAGCGACGUCAUCAGCGCUCUCGUCCAGGAAGGCUGUGCACUGGACCGACAGGACAAGGACGGCAACGCGGCGCUCCACGAGGUGUCCUGGCACGGAUUCAGCCAGUCCGUCAAAGUGCUGGUGAAGGCCGGCGCCAACGCUCACGCCAAAAACAAGGCAGGAAACAGCGCUCUGCACCUCGCCUGUCAGAACGGCCACGCUCAGAGCGCCAAGGUGCUGCUCCUGGGGGGCGCCAGGCCCGACAGCAAGAACCACGCGGGGGACACGUGUCUGCAUGUCGCCGCCCGCUACAACCACGUCGCUGUGAUCCGCAUCCUGCUGGGAGCCUUCUGCUCCGUGGAAGAGAAAAACCAGGCUGGGGACACGCCGCUGCACGUGGCAGCUGCUCUGAACCAUAAGAAGACGGUGCGUCUGCUGCUGGAGGCGGGAGCCGACAGCCACAUCUGCAACAAUGCAGGUCAGACGGCUCUGGACGAGGCCAGAGAGCACAACAACCCAGACGUGGCCCUCCUGCUGACCAAAGCUCCCCAGGUGCAGAGUUUUGUGCGCGGCCGCAGUGCGAGGAAGAGGAGGGAGAAGAUGAAGGCGGAGGGCAGAGCUCAGUCUGUGCCCAGAGACGAGGCGCUGCCCUGUAAGGACAGUGCUGCAGACGACAGCCAGAGCAGCGACCGACCCGCCUGCAAACACGCCGAGGUCCCCGAGACGGCCAAGAACGGGAAGCGGAAGGACAAACCGUCUUUGUCCGAGCCGCUGCGCCGCAGAGACACCAGGCGCAGCGACGCCUCGCACAAGAGGAGGUGCAAGCCGCCAGGAGGCGACGUCCCGCCGCACAACUACAAAGCCUACCAGCUGUACACGCUGUACCGAGGCAAGGACGGCAAGGUCAUGCAGGCUCCUCUGAACGGCUGCCGCUGUGAGCCUCUCAUCAGUAAACUGGAGAACCAGCUGGAGGCCACCAAGGAGGAGAUGAAGACCGAAAUCCACACCGUCCAGGACCUGAUGAACAGCAAGAUGGGCCAGCUGGACCGCAAGAACAAACACCAGAUCCGAGCUCUCGACAAGAUGACGGUGGAGCGAGUGGCCGCGGAGAAGAGCGAGUGUCUGCAGAGGAUCGACCAGCGGGCCCUGCAGGAGAGGCUGGACGCAGAGAAGAGACAGCAGGCGUCCCUGGUCAGCGAGCUGAAGACGUGGUGUCUGUCCAAGCUGCACAGCAUGGACCUGCGGUCCCCCGCAGAGCCCGUUGGCGGCGGCGAGCUGCGGCGCUUCUCCUCCGCGGCCGAGGGCCUCAACAAAGAAGCCGAGGCAGCCGGUUCCACCGCGCUGCCCCACGACAGCCCGGCGCCUCCUCUGGACUCCAGCUCGGCCAGCCACUACUUUGUGGUCCACAUGGAGAGCUCUCCAGAUGCUCCCACUGCAGAGGUCAGCUCUCCUGCUGCCCCCCUGACCUCCGUCCAGGUGGUCCGGCCCAAGGAGCGUUCUGGGAUGUGUGCCGACGCCCAGAAGAACAACAACCAGGACCUGCAGGACCCCGGGACCGGGCGCGAGGCGAGGAGGUGCAGAUCCAGCAGCCUUUCUCCGGCCACAGAGCGCCGCUGCACCGGGGCCGAGGCCGGGCUCAGGGGGCGGGACCAAGGGAAACACCACAGGAAGCACAGCCGCAGCAGGACUAAGUCCAGAGGGGCCGCAGGGGCCAGGACUCUGGAGGUCUUUGGGGAGCAGCCCAGUGAGCCCUCCUUCGCUCAGGAGAGGGACAACAUGCACGCGCAGGAGGUGACGCAGUACUUCUUCGAGGCGGUGUCGGCGCAGAUGGAGCGCUGGUACGAGAGGAAGGUUCAGGAGGCGCGAUGGCAGGCGGAUCAGAAGGCUCAGGCCGACCGGGACGCUCUGAUGGAGAGGAUUGGGUACCUGGAGGACGAGCUGCGCAUGCUCAGGACCAACAGACGGGAUGACCGCUAGUGCACACAGUCCAUGUGAGGUUCUGGUGUCAUCGGACAGCUGGAGGACAGAUGUGUGUUCACUCAGCAUGGUUUUGUUAAAUAAGGGCUGCACAUAUUGGUGGAUGAAACGUUGAUCCGUGCACCAUGUUUUCAUCGUACAGCAACAUAAGCUGAGCGUCUGCAUGUUGACGUUAGAGAAGCAGGCCACUGAACAUUUAUGUAGAGCUUCAGUGAAUAACAUUUUAAACAAUCCCCACAUCAUUUGGACUGUGCUCUAAUUAUCGGCUCUCUUCAGACUCCGUAGAUUUAAACUAACGAGUCCACACAUCGGGGGUCUGUUCUCACUACGUCGUGGAUCAGAAGUUUUCAGGAUGCCGACGUUGAAGAUGAAUCAUGAAGAAAGCCGAGUUGGUUAGUUUUACACAUGGAUGUGAGUAAUGCACUGCGUGAUAGUAAGCAUUUUGUAUAAAGAUCAUUCUGAAUCUGUUUAUUGGUCCCUCUUUAAUACGUUUAUCAUUUACAUAUUGAGCAGAAGACACUGAGAAAACUAAUGGGAUUUAAUGAAUUCCUAAAAAAAAAAGACAUUGCAUAUUACUAUACACGUCAACAGAUUAACACACUAAUUACUUGACAAUUACUGUUAGAAAGCAUGUAGUUCUAUUGACGUGUCCUUUGCUGCCCCCCUGUGGAGAAACACCAAAAUACAAACUACAUUCAUCAAUUAUUGAAAGCUGAUGUUUUUAUUCUGUUCCACUGAAGUGGACUUUACAAAGAACAUUUUCACUUCCCCAAAACAGGUGACAACUGAGCCACAAUUAGAUGUCUAAUUGAUUUCCUUUAACUGGUGUAAAACUUAGCUUCUGCUGGUCAACAUGGUGUAAUAUUAUAGAAGUUGAAACAUAAUGCAAAACUGUAGAAUCCAUUAAAUAUUAAUAAAGCAAGAAAGUGUCCCAUGUGAGUCAGUUUCAUCUGAAAACAUUUUAAAAGUAAAUUUGACACAGUGUCAUUUGGUCAAAGAAACGAAAUAUUAUUGGAUGGUUGACAACUAAAAGGAUUCACCCUUUUUUAAAUGAACACGUUCUUCUGAUAAACAAUGUAACAAAAUAAAAACUUGUCUUGUUGGUCCUUUGAAA